AUGCCCAAGCGGUUGGUUUGGCGGGAGCAAGCCAACGUUACCGUUGGUGCCGUGGGUGCCGAUGUAUCUUUGAAGGAGUUGCACCAACGUGUCUCAGACAGGACUUUGCUCGAUGAUCCUCCAUGGCUUGCAGCGGCCUUCAACCCUGGGCAUGAGCGCUUCGUGCCGCAGAGGCAGAUCGCUUCACACUGCAUCACCUGCCAGCCCAAGUGUUCCAUGCGUGUGCGUGCAACAGCCGUCGCAGACAACAACUAUGUCCUCCACUACGCAGGGCAGCACAGCGCUGAUCCUUGCAGCAAAAAAUACGAGGCCCAAAUGCACGUAGCUCUACACGACGCAGGUUGUGCCACAGAAGCAGGCCGUAAGCGCAUCGCUGGGAAGUUCAAGCGGCUCAGGGCCCAUGCGCGGCAGCGGGAGAGGACACAGAGCUGCGCACAGAUCAGACGCUGGGCAGAUGAACGUUUGCAUCUUGUCGGCGGCCCUCAUGAGGCUGUGAUAUUCGGCCACUGCAUUGAUGCUGCGGGAGAAGGCAAGAGAUUCCGACUUGCUUUUGGAUGCGCAGGACAUCAGAAGGUCCUGGAGAAUUUGCCGCGCAGUGCACCGAUUUGUCUGGCUGCGGAUGGCACGUUCAAAGUUGUGUGGGGCCGAUACACGUGCUACAUUGGUGGACUUCUGCACUUGGUCACUUCACCUGGCAAAGUACGCGCUGGCCCGGGAGGCCGUGGUCAGGUCUUCCUCCCACGGGUGUCGUUCGCUCCGCUCUUUUAUUCCUUGCAAGAAUCUGAAGGGUCUUCUGCGUGCAUGCAGUCUGCUGACGUCUACUUGGAGUAUCUCGCGCAAGCCAAGCCAGCCCUGGCAGCGAAGCUCCGUACGUGCUGCAUGGUUGUCACCGAUUUUGCAGAAGCUCCACGACGAGGCCAG